UUCAGCGCGGUGAGAGGAUGAGGCAAUCGCAGAAUACAUUUUAUUUCCAUGAGGGCUGAGAUCAGUUCUUUCGAAAAGAGAGGGGAAUUGGUUAGGAAAGGGACGGUGAGCUCAUUUAGCUGAAGCGUGGGCGUUGGGGUGGCCGGGAAAGAAAGACGGGAUUAAUCGACGCCGAAGGUGGUCAGAGGUGGAAGAACUGCUCCUCCUUGGAGUGCGCAGGCACUUCGGGAGCCGCUGCCCUCAGUGCCCAACCGCGCCACUUUCUCACUUCGGAAAAGCAGCGCGUGGUUGAAAACUCAACAGCUCUCCCUCCUGAAGCAAAGCCAAGGGUCGUUUCAUUGGAGGCAUUUGGGGCCAUCUCGAUGCCGGCUCAGCCUCCGAGGUGAGACUCCGAGAGAAACUCCUGCACUUUCGAAGAAAACUUUUCCUCUCUGGAAGCGGCUGAGUUGCCAGGCGAGCAGCCCGGCUACUAGCUAGCGCACCUCUGGGCGGACGGAGGUGAGCCCUGCCUGGCAGCUAAAGAGAAGCUUCCAGACCCAUCAACCGAGCCUUGGAGACUGGGGGGGGGGGGAUGCCUCGCUCAGGGCCACGGGAUUCUCGGUCUCCCUCCGCUCCUAAGAGCCCGACUGAAGCAGGACUGACGGGUACCUCGCCCUUGACUUGGCGCCUGCAAACCUCUUCGCCUGUUCUUCUUCUCAACACUGCCGAGCUUCUGGAAACCUUCUGCGUCAUCCGGGGACACGCUUCAUCUCUCCUUCAGUGCCAGAUUGAUCAAAGACAUCAAAGAAACUGACCCAACAGUUCGCCAGACAAGACUGAACUUCUGAAGAGGGGGUUUUUUUUUUUUUUUUUUUGGUCUUUUUUCAUUGAGCUUGAGCCAAAGGAUGUGUCUGGUAGACAGAAGCACAAACAGGAAUUCUACAGAGAUGCAACCUGUUCUAGGACUAUUCUUGGGAACCAUCUCACUGAUUACAGUGGUUAUGAAUAUUUUGGUCCUAUAUGCUGUGAAAACAGAAAAGAAACUACAGACAGUUGGCAAUCUUUAUAUUGUCAGUCUUUCAUGUGCAGAUGUUGUGGUUGGUGCAGCUGUGAUGCCACUAAACAUUGUAUACUUGUUGAAGGAUAAGUGGAUUUUGACUAGAGAAGCUUGCUUGUUUUGGCUAUCAAUGGAUUACGUAGCCAGCACAGCUUCUAUAUUCAGCCUUUUCAUACUCUGUGUAGAUCGCUACCGUUCAGUCCAACAGCCUUUAAAAUAUCUCAAGUAUAGGACCAAAACUAGAGCCUCAGUCAUGAUUUCAAUAGCUUGGCUGCUGUCUUUCCUGUGGGUGAUUCCCAUACUUGGCUGGCGUAAAUUUACAGAUCACAGUACUAUGACAAUUAAUAAUAGAACUUAUGAUGAAAAACUGUGUGAAACAGAUUUUUGUAGAACCACUUGGUUUAAAGUCUUGACAGCCACAAUCAACUUCUAUGUACCAUCAUUGCUGAUGCUGUGGUUCUAUGCAAACAUUUACAGGGCUGUCUGCAAGCAUUAUCAGCAUCGGCAGCUCAUAAAUGGAUUAUACAGAUAUAACUCUAAUAACACGAUUGUGCAUAAUGGAAAGAUUCCGGAAAUGCAAAAGAUUUGUUCCCAACGUUCAAAUAAAGACCGAGGAUUUUCUUUCAGUGCAAAUGAUAGCCUUGAGCACAACAAAAUAAGGGAAGCUAAACUUCCAUUAGGCAGCUUCGUUAAAAUUUCGAAGGAUUUUCCCAAAGGAAGUGACCAUGAAGUAAUAAAACUUAACUGUUUCCCUCUAGCUAUAAUGCAGAAAGAUUUUGAGCUGGGCAAUACAAAGGGAAAAUAUGCCUGUGUCAGUAACAGUGCUGAAAAUAUAAAAAAUCCUAUCUCCCAGUUAGGCAAAAUAUCACAUAGGCAGAGUUUUGCAGGAGGAUCAUUGCCUAGAAUCCACUCAGAUCCCUCCCUAAAACAAAAUUCUCAUCCUGAGCAACUUUUUCCUCAGAGGUGUUCUAACGGAGGAGAUCCUCUCAGUCUCCGUUACCUGAAAGAGACAUGGGGAAAGCUACGUACUCAUUCUGUUUGCCAGAGUCAAAAGCUGCACGUGAACAGGGACAGAAAGGCUGCCAAACAAUUAGGUGUCAUAAUGGCAGUUUUCAUGCUAUGUUGGAUACCAUAUUUUGUAUUGUUUAUGGUCAUGGCCUUUUGUGAAAUAUGCUAUAACCGUCCUUUUCACAUGUUUACAAUUUGGCUUGGCUAUGUGAAUUCUACAUUGAAUCCAUUUAUAUAUCCACUCUGUAAUGAAAACUUCAAAAAGGCUUUCAAAAAGAUAUUUCAUAUUAAAAUUUAAA